AUCAAACAACAAUUGUGAGACUGGGCAAUCAGCCAGUCGCGGCUAACUAGAUUUUUAAACCCAUGAACAACAAAUUACUCUUAAAACGAGAGACGCAAAUUACAACAACUUGACUAACGGAUUCCCGAUUAAAUGCUCUGCGCUUAUCUGGACAUCGGCCCGUUUGUUAGCAGAUCUUUUGUAUCAUUACAAACUAAUCCAAGGCUAGCAAGUAAUUUGACCAGAGUUCGUGAACGUUGGCAUCGUUUUAGUUUGCUGUCAUGUCUGGCACAUCAGGUAGAGCUGUACUUUCUCAGCCUCCAACUAAAACGAUUGUCGUGUACAGGAAUGGGGAUACUUUCUUUCCAGGACGAAAGUUUGUCGUCAACCAGCGACAUGUGUCAACUUUUGGCAGUUUUUUAAGCUCUGUCACACGCGGAGUUGAGGCUUCUUUUGGAGCUGUGAGGAACGUUUACACUCCGAGAGACGGUCACAAAAUAUUUGACCUGGACAGUUUGCAACAUGGGGAAAGAUACGUUGCAGCUGGGGGAGAGCGUUUCAAAAAGCUGGAUUAUUUUCACAUAACAACCAAGAAACCACAGAAAAAGAAGAAUGAACAGAUCCGGCCUGUGGUUCACAGCAGGAUAGUUGUUCCAGCUCGUUGUCGAAAAAUUAUUAAUGAGUCAUGCACAAUCAAUGUUUUUACCAAUGGAGAUUACAUGGGUCCUCCAGCUCGGAUACUCAUCCCAAAGUAUACUCUCACAAACUGGGAGAGUGUUUUGGCCAUGGUGACUGAGAAAGUACAUCUCCGUACAGGGGCAGUGCACAGGCUGUGUGCUGUAGAUGGAACUCCUCUGCAGGGUCCUAUGCAGCUGGAAAACAACCAGUAUUAUGUAGCUGUGGGAGCAGAGAAGUUUAGGUCGAUACCAUACUACCACUGGGUCCCCAGCAAAGGCAUCAUCAGGGACUUCAACCUGCUGGGUCAUGGCAACAACAGCCUCCCAGCCGUCAGGAAAGGCCGGUACUCCAGGAACGUGUUUGCUCACCCAGGGUUUGUGGAGGACACAGCCAGAGGCCAGCAAGCAAGGCAGCAGAAGGACUCUUACUUCUAUGCCAAGCCUGAAAGAGCUAAACAACAGAAGCAGGUGUCCAGAAUACCACUUCUCCUCACCACGGGGGAGGGCAGCGUGUUCCGAGCGAAGCACAAGCGGAGGGAGACGGCGGGAGCCUGCGAGGUGCAGGAGGAUCACCAGGUGAAGGUGGACUUGCCAAUUGAUCAGGUUGAGGCCAAGGUAGUGGAUGAGGAGCAAUACACUCGCAGGUCAUCCAGACCAGGCAGUGGAGCCCAGAGCCCUUACAAGACCUUCCUCCAGGACUGCAACACCCCCAGCACCAACAGGCCUCUGUCUGCCAGCUCCAGGAUGGAGUCGUCAGGAGCAGGGGAGGGCCAGGAAUCAGGGAGGGGCACUGGGCUCACCAGCUCCAGACACGGAGGACUCAGGUCUCCUCUUCUGGCAGAGACCCAGAGAGAAGUAAAAAAUGAGCCGGAACCACAACUGCAUGAUUUUCAGUCAGAUUUCUUGGAGCCGGGGCAGGGCUGGAGCAUCUGACAGACGCCAGGACCUCGCGCCCCCCUCAGUCACCAGCGGCGGCUCAUCUAGAAGAUGAAACAGUGUUAUAAACCAAAUAAAAAUGUCUUGCCUUUUGACAGCCC